UCUUUAAUAAUGGCAGAUAAUAGACGCCCACCCUUCUCUCUCACCCAAAGUUCCUCGAUCGCAUUGGGAAUUAAGAGAGGGUUUGUAGCAUCUAACACCACCAUCACCACCACCAAUAAUGGUGGGAUCCUCUCUCAAAAUUCAAGAGAGGUUGUUACCAAAAAACCUAGGGGUAGGCCAAAGGGUUCAAAGAAUAAGCCAAAACCACCUGUUUUUAUUAAGGAGAGUACUGAAACUCUCUUGGAAUCGAUUCUUAUCGAGAUCCCUUCAGGAAGAGAUAUUGUAGAGCCUCUCAUCAAGUUGGCUUUGUCUCGUCAAGCUCGAAUCAUUGUGUUGAGUGGUUCUGGUCUUAUUUCAGAGGUUAACUUUCUCCAUCCAGUAACCCGUACUUCUGGCAAUCAAGGAAAAGUCUUUGGUGGAGUUGUUGGUGGGAGGGUCAUAGCUGCGGGUACUGUUUUGAUUUCUGCCGCUCUUGUUAAGAAUCCUACAUUUGAUAGGUUGGGCAUCAAUGCUGAUCGUAAUCAACAUUAGUCCAACAAUUCUAUUAUUCGUUUUAGCUAUACCUAAAAAGUCUCAUGCUUUCAUGUAUUGUUGUUUUUUUUUUCUUUUCAAUAUUCAAUAAAAUGAGUUUAAUUUCUGAUA